AUGACAGCAAGAGACGGGCCCCAAGAUAGGUACAAGGCUGUCUGGCUGAUCUUCUUCAUCCUUGGUCUGGGAACACUGCUGCCAUGGAAUUUCUUCAUGACUGCCAGGGAGUAUUUCAUCAGCCGCCUCGCGGACCCGGAGGAGAUGAGCAGCUUCUGGAACCAGACCAGUGAGGCUGCCUUGUCCCCCUCCUACCUGCAGUCCAUGUUUGAUAACUUCAUGACUCUCUGCGCCAUGGUGCCCCUCCUCAUCUUCACCUGCCUCAACUCCUUCAUCCACCAGCGGAUUCCCCAGCAGAUCCGCAUCUUGGGAAGCCUGGUGGCCAUUGGGCUGGUGUUUUUAGUCACUGCCAUCAUGGUGAAGGUCGCCAUGAAGCCUCUUCCCUUCUUCGUCUUUACCAUGAUCAGCAUCAUCCUCAUCAACUCCUUCGGCGCCAUCCUCCAAAGCAGCCUGUUUGGGCUGGCAGGGCUCCUGCCUGCCAGCUACACAGCUCCCGUCAUGAGUGGGCAGGGCUUGGCGGGCACCUUUGCCGCUUUGGCAAUGAUCUUCAGUAUUGCCAUUGGCGCCCAGCAACCUGAGAGCUUCAUCGGUUACUUCACCACGGCCUGUGUGGCGAUCAUGCUGGCAAUCUUCUCCUACAUCCUUCUGCCUCGCAUGGAUUUCUUCCGAUACUACUCCAUGAAGGACAAGACAGAGUACCGUGUGUACAAUGCAGAGCUGGAGACCAAGAGAGACCUGAUUAAGAAAGACGAGCCCAAUGGGAUGGAGCAGAAUAACUCAAAGAUCAUCCCUAUCCACAACCCUGAUGAGAAGCCCUCAGUCAUUGCUAUUUUUAAGAAGCUCUGGGUCAUGGCUGUGUCUGUCUGCUUGGUCUUCACUGUCACCAUCGGCGUCUUUCCUUCCAUCACAGCUAAGGUGUCCACUGUCCUCGGAGAAGGAAACAGAUGGGGUCUCUACUUCAUCCCUGUCUCCUGCUUCCUGCUCUUUAAUAUCUUUGACUGGACGGGACGGAGUCUCACUGCCCUCUUCACGUGGAUGCCUGAGGAGGUGCAGCACGAGGAGGAGGAUGUGGAGACCUUCGCCUUCCAGGCGGAGAUCGCCCAGCUCAUGUCACUCAUCAUCAACACCUUCUAUUCCAACAAGGAGAUCUUCCUGCGGGAGCUCAUCUCCAACGCCUCCGACGCGCUGGAUAAGAUCCGCUACGAGAGCCUGACUGAUCCCUCAAAGCUAGACAGCGGUAAGGACCUCAAGAUUGACAUAGUCCCCAACCCCCGGGACCGCACGCUCACCCUGGUGGACACUGGCAUCGGGAUGACAAAAGCAGACCUCAUCAACAGCCUAGGCACUAUUGCUAAAUCUGGUACCAAAGCCUUUAUGGAAGCCCUGCAGGCUGGCGCAGACAUUUCCAUGAUCGGGCAGUUUGGUGUGGGUUUCUAUUCUGCCUAUCUAGUGGCUGAGAAGGUGGUUGUCAUUACCAAACACAAUGAUGAUGAGCAGUAUGCUUGGGAGUCGUCAGCUGGGGGCUCCUUCACUGUCCGAACUAACCAUGGUGAGCCCAUUGGACGGGGCACCAAAGUGAUCCUGUAUUUGAAGGAGGACCAGACAGAGUACUUGGAGGAGCGGCGUGUCAAAGAGGUGGUGAAGAAGCACUCCCAGUUCAUUGGCUACCCCAUCACACUCUAUCUGGAGAAGGAGCGUGAGAAAGAGAUCAGUGAUGAUGAGACAGAGGAGGAAAAAGACGAGAAGGAAGAGGAAGAGUCAACGUCCAAAGAUGAGGAGAAACCCAAAAUCAAGGAUGUGGGCUCCGAUGAUGAGGAGGAGGGAGACAAAGGCAAGAAGAAAAAGACCAAGAAAAUCAAGGAGAAAUAUAUUGACCAGGAGGAGCUGAACAAGACUAAGCCUAUUUGGACCUGCAACCCUGAUGACAUCACCCAGGAGGAGUAUGGCGAGUUCUACAAAAGCCUCACCAAUGACUGGGAGGACCACCUGGCUGUCAAGCACUUUUCUGUGGAAGGGCAGCUGGAGUUCAGGGCCCUGCUCUUCAUCCCACGCCGUGCCCCUUUUGACCUCUUUGAGAACAAGAAGAAGAAGAAUAACAUUAAGCUGUACGUGAGACGUGUCUUCAUCAUGGAUGGCUGUGACGAGCUCAUCCCUGAGUACCUAAACUUCAUCCGGGGUGUUGUGGACCCAGAGGACCUGCCUCUGAACAUCUCUCGUGAGAUGCUCCAGCAGAGCAAGAUCCUCAAGGUGAUCCGCAAAAACAUUGUGAAGAAAUGUUUGGAGCUCUUCUCUGAGCUGGCAGAGGACAAAGAGAACUACAAGAAAUUUUAUGAGGCCUUUUCCAAGAAUCUGAAGCUGGGCAUCCAUGAGGACUCAACCAACCGAAAGCGCCUUUCAGAGCUGCUGCGUUACCACACAUCCCAGUCUGGCGAUGAGUUGACUUCGCUUUCAGAGUAUGUGUCCCGUAUGAAGGAGAGCCAGAAGAGUAUCUACUACAUCACAGGGGAGAGUAAGGAGCAGGUUGCCAACUCAGCUUUUGUGGAGCGUGUGCGGAAGCGUGGCUUUGAGGUGGUAUACAUGACGGAGCCCAUUGACGAGUACUGUGUGCAGCAGCUCAAGGAGUUUGUUGGCAAGACCCUGGUAUCGGUCACCAAAGAGGGGCUGGAGCUGCCUGAGGAUGAGGAGGAGAAAAAGAAGAUGGAGGAGAGCAAGGCCAAGUUUGAGACCCUCUGCAAACUCAUGAAGGAGAUCCUGGACAAGAAGGUGGAGAAGGUAACAAUCUCAAACCGGUUGGUCUCAUCUCCCUGCUGCAUAGUCACCAGCACCUAUGGUUGGACAGCCAACAUGGAGCGCAUCAUGAAGGCUCAGGCACUGCGGGACAACUCUACCAUGGGCUAUAUGAUGGCCAAGAAGCACCUGGAGAUCAACCCGGACCACCCAAUUGUGGAAACACUCCGCCAGAAGGCUGAUGCUGACAAGAAUGACAAAGCUGUCAAAGAUCUGGUGGUGCUACUCUUUGAGACUGCUCUGCUGUCCUCUGGUUUCUCCCUGGAAGAUCCCCAGACCCACUCCAACCGCAUCUACAGGAUGAUCAAACUGGGGCUUGGCAUUGAUGAAGAUGAGGUGAUGGCAGAGGAGCCCAGUGCAGCUAUCCCUGAUGAGAUCCCCCCUCUGGAGGGAGAUGAAGAUGCAUCCCGCAUGGAAGAGGUAGAUUAAAGGAGGAGGAAGCCUCUUCCCUCACUUGCCAGACCUCUGCACCAUGUCAUGUCUGCUUAGAACAGGGUCUGCUCCCACCAGCUGCUACUGACUCCUUGGUGAUGUCUAUUGGUUUUGAUUUGUUUGUUUGGGGUUGUUUUUGGCAGGGUGCAGGAGGGCAUGAUUCCCUGUCUGCCAGUAGUGAAUGAUUCAGGCAGCCUGAGGCAUGUUUGUGUCUUUCUGCUUGUGUAGGAACCAGGUGAUGGGGAGUGGAGGUCAGGAGUCAUCAGGCUUCCCCUCUCCCCCCAUGGGGUCUCCCAUGUUCCCAGUAGGCAUCAAACACUGCCCUUGUUCCAUUGGGGUGGGAGAGCCCUUCCUCUGAGCUGCUGCCUCCCUAAACCCCCAGGGUAGGAUAUUGUAUUUUGGUUGGCUUGGUUGUUUUUUGUUUGAUUAUUCUUCUGUUGUUUUGUUCAACUGGAAUUAAAGUAUUGAAGAAUGUGA